AGUCCAUGUGAAGAACUUCAUGUAACAGUCAGAAUUUCAUUCGUACAUAGAACAUUCGAUCAGAUCGUAUUAAAUUAUUUUUACGCGCGUAUCACGAAAAAAAAUACAAAACAUUAUUGCUUUUAUCAUUGUAUCUAAUCAAAAUUCUUUGUAUUCUUUUGAUUUGAUUAAUUUUGUUGUUGUUUUUUAUUAUAAAUGAAAAAAAUGGCUGGUAAUAGUAAACAAAAACAAGUGUCAAGAUCGACUAACAAUAACAAUAACAACAACAACACUGUACAAUCAUUAUCAUCAUCAUCAUCAUCAUCAUCAUCAUCGACACCAGCCGAAUGUUUUAAUUGUCAUAAACCAAUACUUGAAAGAUAUCUACUUAAAGCAUUGGAUCAAUAUUGGCAUGAAGAUUGUUUAAAAUGUUCUUGCUGUGAUUGUCGUCUUGGUGAAGUUGGUUCAACAUUAUUUACAAAAGCAAAUCUUAUUCUAUGUAAACGAGAUUAUUUAAGAUUAUUUGGUAAUACUGGUUUUUGUUCAGCAUGUAAUAAAACAAUACCCGGUUUCGAAAUGGUCAUGCGUGCUAAAUCGAAUGUUUAUCAUUUGGAAUGUUUUUCCUGUUUUCAAUGUCAUCAAAAAUUCUGCGUUGGUGAUCGAUUCUAUCUAUAUGAGAAUAAAAUUCUAUGUGAAUAUGAUUAUGAAGAAAGAAUGUUAUUUGCAAAUCUAUCACGAAAUAAUCAUCUAAAUGAUUUAAUGCAACGACAUCAACAACAACAACAACAACAACAAACGAUUCAAUCAUCAUCACAAUCAUCAUUACAGCCAUUGAUAUCUUCUCAUCAUUUUAAACAAGCUCAUCCUUAUCAUCAUCAUCAUAAUAAUAAUAAUAAUAAUAAUAUGCAUAUUACAAACAAUAAUCAUCAUCAACAUAUUCAUCAGCAACCACAACAACAACAACAUCCAAAUAAAAUGGAUGGCGAUUUAUGUGAUGCAAGUAGCGGUUAUGGAAGUGGAGAUUCACCAUUUGAUCAUUGAUCAUUGGAUUUGCAUGUUUUCAACAAAAAAAUGAAAAAUUCUUCACUUCUACUAUGCACAAUCAUAAUGGAUUUUUUUUUCGUUUCUUGUUGUUGUCAUUAUCGUUUUUUUUUUCAAUUACGGAAAUUGUUGUUGAUCUUUUUUUUUUAAAUCUACCAUUUCAAAAAAA